AUGAUGGCAGAAUUGUAAGCUAGAUAGGCCAAAUUGGCCUUGCAAAGAAUGACUCCAGAGGAGCGAGCCGCUUAUGAAGCUAAAAAUAAACCUCCCCCUCCUACUAAUUCAGCAGAUUUCCAAGCCAAGCUUGCCAUGUUAAAUUAAUAAGAACCAGGACCUGCGUAAACAUAACAAAAUGCCCCUCCCAACACCAAGGUUAUAGUAAACAAAGCAGCUCCACCUCCUCCUCCACCUCCACCACCUCCUCCUCCCCCCAAAGGCGCACCUCCUCCUCCACCACCUAGACCUCCCGGUCCUCCUGCAGCUAAACCCACAUCUAACCCACCUAAUCCACCUCCGCCAAAACCAGCGUCUUAACCUCCCCCUCCACCUGUGUAGAACCUUCCACCUCCUCCGCCUCCACCUUAGUAAAAUGUGUUGCCACCUCCUCCAAAACCUUAACAAAAUGUCAUGCCACCUCCUCCACCACCACCUCAACAAAACGUAAUGCCUCCCCCUCCACCACCAGCAUAACAAUAAGCACAAGCUCCAUCAUUUUAAGCUCCUACUCAGCCAACAUAAUAAUAAAGUGACGUUACGUAUUUCCCAGUCCCAGGCUAACAAAAGUAGUAAUCACAAGAAGCCUCCUUCCCUGUUCCCAAAAAUCAACAGAGAUAAACUGUGGGAGAUGCUAAAUAAGUUGAAUUUCCAGAGCUUAAACAAGACAAGAAACAAAAAAUUGAAAUCAAUUAUUUCUUAGCCAUUGCUGGUGUUAAUCUACAACAAUAAUUGUAAGCAACCACAUUUGAUAACAUUGAUAAAAUUACACAAUUAGCAGCUCCCUCUUAGAAUGAUAAUCCAAAUCCAGAAUUCUUUUCAAUCAAAAAGGGAUUCAGAAAACUAGAUUAAGAUCCUUAUUAGGCUGUCAUAUACUUCUAGAAAUCAGACACAUCAGUAGUAAAAGUCACAAGAAAUUUUGAAAAAUACCUCAGAAAUGAUAAUAAUAUCUGGACCUAUAAUCAAAACAAGCAACAUUUAUAAUUAUUGAAGGAGAAAUAUGAGAAUGAAAUCAAUAAGUACAAGACUGAAUAUUCUCAAAAUAUACAACAGAAUGUGUUGAAACAAAUAGAUGAAAAUAGAUUCUAAGCAGCCUGCAAAAAAUUGGAUGAAAUCAUAAAAACUAAAUUUAAUAAUGGCGACUACACAGCAGCAUAAGCAUUACUUCCAUAAAUUUAGAACUUAAAAGAUACAAAAAAGAAAUAUGACGAAUUGAACCCUGCUGCAAGACAAGAUCUGGUAGGCUCCUUAGAAUCCAUGAUGAUGGCUAUAGAAUCUAUGGCUUUAUGAAUUUAAUAUUAUCAUACAAAAAAAUAGAUAAUAUUCUAAUGUUAAAAGUAUAAA